GCUGAACCUCGCCGGAGCUCGUCCUCCCAGCGCAGGUCGGCUCGCGCGCCCGCCGCCAAAGUGCGCCUGGCGGGCAACUUCCCGCGGGAGUUGUACGAGGGCCGCGUGGAGGUGCUCCACAACAACACCUGGGGAACCGUGUGCGACGACGAGGUCAACAUCAAACUGGCCAACGUGGUGUGUCGCGAGCUGGGCUUCCAGGGUGGCAUCACGUGGGCGCACAGUGCAAAGUAUGGAGAAGGAGAAGGCCCGAUCUGGAUGGAUAAUGUACGUUGUGACGGCUCAGAGAAGUCUUUGAAGGACUGCAAGCACAAUGGUUGGGGGGUGAAUGACUGUAAACACUCUGAAGACUUGGGGGUGGUGUGCACGUCGCAGCGCAGGCUGGAUCAGACAGCUAGUAGACCCAGCCACACCACUGCCAACAGGCCCAACGGCAGCCCUGCACCUCAGUGGCAGGGCCUCGUAGCCACUCGCAGGCAUCCAGGAUAUGGAUAUAAUGGAAAUGGACAUACAAAUGAGGUCCCCAGGUUCCAAAGACACCACCAUCUCUACCAGGGUAACAGUAAGGUGCAAAUCGAGGAAGUCCGACUCCGUCCAAUCCUCAUGGCUACCAAGAAGAAAACCCUGGUCACAGAGGGUGUGGUGGAAGUGAAGCACGCUGGGAGAUGGAGGCAGAUUUGUGACAUGGGUUGGAGUCUCAACAGCAGCCGCGUCGUGUGUGGGAUGCUUGGCUUUCCAGAGGCUAUUCAACACAACGUUAAGACAUACAAGUGA